GAGGAGCAUACAGAGUGUCAGAAUUCGGAAUGCUAUGCUGACGUGCAAGCGGAUCCUUCCGAUGACAACAUGUGGACAGAUGUGCAAUAUGUUACACAGAAGUUUAUCCAGCAGUUUCUGGUUGGAAUCCGUGGUUGCAGCGCUCAGGAGCAUCGAGAAGCUCUU